AUGGAUUCCAAAUACAAAGACCAGCGCAGUCGCAUGAAGCACCGGGAUAUGUUUUCGAUGGAUGCUCCCUGGGAAGACACUCGGAGGAUUUUCGCCUCUGCCAUCGACAUCUACAAGGCCAUGACUGGUAACGAUUGGCAACCCGGUAUGCUGGUCUUCCGAGAUCCUGAGACGCGUUCAACUAUGUCUCAGUCUUCUGACUUCAUCUGUCCGUCUGAGGUGCCCGUCAGCGAAUCUUCGGCAACCUUCCGCGCCCAUACCCUUAUAUAUCCGACACCUUCUGGAGUUGGAUGUGGCUGGGGUGACUUCAGCCAUUUUCGACCGUGGCAAUUAUAUGGUCGCCUUAUCAAGCCAAGUAUGGUGCCCGACAAGACUUGGUCAUCCUCAUCUCAAAGUCUUGUGUUCGUUGAAGACGCGAAAGAUGCACCUGGUGGCGGUGAAAAGAUCACAGUGAAUGUUGAGCACAAGGCUUUCCAAAUCGGACACGGCGAGGAAAUCCAGAGUCUCCGUGACAGAAUCGUCAAGAAGAAAUCCUACGAACUAGCACCUCGCAACACUCGAUACCAGCGACGGGUCCAGGGUCAGUCAGUCCAAAACAAGUCGAGUCAGCCAUCGAGAUCGACCCCGGAUUGGUAG